AUGCCAGAGGUAAUAAACCUCCUCUCCUCAACACCGCCCCUUCCACCCCCCUCCUACCAACCCCGUCGCCCUUCCAUCCCCUCAUCCCCAAUCCCCCCACCACCCCGACCAUUCACGCUCCCAAUCCUCUCCUCGGACUGGGACCUCCCCGAACCCACCUAUAACGAUGACGACAACAACAACGUUAAUAACAAUAUUAACAAAAAUAACGACAACGAUAACGACAAAAUCAACCCCCCAAAACGACCCCGUCUAAACGAAGAAGAGCCCACAAGUCCUCCCAAACCGCCCUCAGUGAAACCGGCGCGCAAAACGCAUAUCCCGGCAUCGAGGAAUCCGUUGUUCCUUUUUUCGGAUGAUAUUCUGCCAUCGUCGGAUGGGAUAAGGCCUUGUGAAGGUGGAGGAGGAGAGGAGGAGGAUCCGAUUGUUUUCACUUCUUCGGCUCCUGGGCCUGGGAGUGCGGUUGGGGUGAGGGAGGGGGGAGGGCGCGGGGUGGAUACGAUUACGAUUGAUGAUGACGACGAUGAUGAUGAUUAUGGUUUAAUUGGUGGUGGUGUUGGGAGUGGACAUGGACAUGGGCAUGGAAAAGGAGGGAUGGGUAGGGGCGAUACGCGCGAUGAGAUCGAGGGGUUUAGCGAUGAGAUCGCAAUAUCGGACCUGAAUGAGUUGCUUGAGUUGGAUACUACAGCGCACAAGCGGCCUGGGUUAUCGAGUCGGACGGCGAGUUUGCUGGCGAGUCUUGAUCGGUCAAAUUUGGGGGCUAGGUCUAGUGGUGGGGUGUCGUCGGGUCGGAGGGGGCGUGUUGAUAUGGAAGAGGAGGUAGAUGAGGUGGACGAAGUGGUUCAGCCUCGGAAGCCUAAGGCGCCGCGGAGGACGGCUACGAAGCCGACGAGUGCAGAUAAGGAAGCCAAGGCACAGGAGCGGGAGGCGAAGAAGGCGCAGCGUGAGCAGGAGAAACAGCUAGAGAAGGAGCGGAAGCAGAAGGCCAAAGAGGAGAAAGCGCGGGAGAAACAACUUGCGGCCGAUCUCGCGGAGGUGAAUAAGCUGAAGGUGGAUAAGAAGGAGUCCACACCGGAGAUGAUCAUCGAUCUUGCAGAGGAGUUCGAGGGAACGAGCGUGGGAAAUCAGACGGUGGAGGUCAUGAAACGGCUCAAGGUCGAGCAGACGUUUUUCGAGAGCGAGAUUCCGAAGGUCGUCAAAUGGCGGCGGAAGGUCACGGCCAGAUACAACGAUACCCUCGGCCACUGGGAACCAUGUCCGUUUCAUAUUCGCGGAGAAGAACACGUUCUUGUUCUUCUAACGGCGCAAGAAUUCGUCGACAUGGUGAUAGACACCUCACCAACCACAAACGAUCUCGACCACCACGUCCACCGACUCAAAUCCACCUACCCCAACUACACACCGAUAUACCUAAUCGAAGGCCUCACAGCCUGGAUGCGCAAGAACAAUAACUCCCGAAACAGAGCCUACCAAGCCGAAGUCCGUCGCCAAUACUCACAAUCCCAAACCCAAGACCAACCCGCCAGCAUCAAUUCCCGCCGCAAGAAAACAACAACCAGCAGCAAACCCGAAACUACGCCCUCAGUCUCCGACGACACAAUCGAAGACGCUCUUCUCUCCCUCCAAGUUACGCACUCCUGUCUCAUCCACCACACCAAUGCACCCCCUGAUUCAGCCGAAUGGAUCAAAAACUUCACAGAACACAUCUCGACCGUUCCCUACCGCCGCGAAAGAAUGGAAGGCAAUGACUCCGCCUUUUGCAUGGACGGAGGCCAGGUCAAACCCGGCGAAAACAAAUCCGAUACUUUUAUCAAAAUGCUCCAGGAAGUGAACCGUGUCACGGCUUCCAUGGCAUACGGCAUUGCAACCCAGUAUCCAAGUGCCGUUGAUCUAGUUCGUGGAAUGCGAAGGCAUGGCCCGGCCAUGUUGGAGGAUGUAAAGAAAUCUGCAAACAGAAACGGUGCACUAACAGAUUCCCGUAUUGGGCCUGCGGCGAGUAAACGGCUCUACAAGGUCUUUAUGGGUCUUGAUCCGUCUGCAACUGAUAUUUAA